AGAUGGCGGCGCGCUGCUGCCUCCGCGCCCCCCUUACUCCCGGCAGCCCGCGCGGUUCCGUACGGCAACAUGGCGGCGGCGCUGGUGCAGUACGUGGUGCUCCGCGGGGAUCUGGCGCGGCCUCCCCGCUCGUGGCCGCUCGGCGCCGUGGUGGCUCAGGGCUGCCACGCGGCGCUGGCGGCCGUUCACGGUUACCGGGAGCACCCCGACACCGGCGCGUACCUGGAGCAGGGCGGCGCCAUGACUACCGUGGUGCUGGAGGCUCCGGAUGAAAAUUCCCUGCUGGAUUUGGCGAAGUUGCUGAAGGAAAAAGGUGUUGACCACAAGGUUUGGAUGGAAAAUCCCGAGGGGAUUGCCACGUGCCUGGCGCUCCGACCUUACCCCAAAAAUGUGGUGCAGCCUCACCUCAGGAAUUUCAAACUCCUCAAAUGAUCCCGUCUCGAGUUUUCCAGGUUUUUUUCCCUCAAAAUCCUGGAGAUUUGGGAUUUGAGUUGCGUUUUGGGAUGGGGAACGGUGGGGUUUGGUGGUUUUAAAGUGGUUUUUUUGACACGG